AUGCCCAGUUCAAUCACAUAUACAAUAUUUAUUUUCAUUUUCCUUUCUGUAAGAAAGAAAGAAAAUGGAAUCUCAUGCCGUUUCGCCAGCCCGGAAACAACACGUAGUUUGCGUGCCUUACCCAGCGCAAGGCCAUAUCAACCCGAUGAUGAAAGUGGCUAAACUCCUCCACGCGAAAGGCUUCUAUGUAACCUUCGUCAACACCAUCUACAACCACAAGCGUCUCCUCCGGUCCCGUGGAUCCAACGCCCUAGACGGGCUUCCUUCCUUCCGGUUCGAGUCCAUCCCCGACGGUCUACCGGAGACUGACGUGGACGUCACACAGGAUAUCCCUGCCCUUUGCGAGUCCACCGUGAAGAAUAGUCUCGCUCCGUUUAAGGAGCUUCUUCGACGGAUCAACGCCCAAGAUGAAUCCCCUCCAGUGAGCUGUAUUGUAUCGGAUGGCUGUAUGAGCUUUACUCUUGAUGCUGCUGAGGAGCUCGGUGUCCCGGAGGUUCUUUUCUGGACCACUAGUGCCUGCGGCUUGUUGGCUUACUUACACUACCAUAAGUUCAUCGAGAAAGGGUUAUCUCCACUCAAAGAUGAGAGUUACUUGACAAAGGAGCAUCUAGACACAAUUAUAGAUUGGAUUCCAUCGAUGAAGAACCUAAGACUAAAAGACAUCCCUAGCUUCAUCCGUACGACUAACCCUAACGACAUAAUGCUCAACUUCCUCGUUCGUGAGACCGAACGAGCCAAACGUGCUUCUGCCAUCAUCCUUAACACGUUCGACGAUCUCGAGCUUGACGUCAUCCAAUCCAUGCAAUCUAUUGUACCUCCGGUUUGCUCCAUUGGACCGCUCCAUCUACAAGUGAAACAACAGAUCAGUGAGGAUAGUGAACUCGGACGAAUGGGAUCGAACCUGUGGAAAGAAGAGACGGAGUGUAUGGAUUGGCUAAAUAGCAGAGCUCCAAACAGCGUUGUUUACGUUAACUUUGGUAGCAUAACUGUGAUGACAGCGAAGCAGCUUGUGGACUUCGCUUGGGGUUUAGCAGCAACGGGAAAAGAGUUUUUGUGGGUAAUACGGCCGGACUUAGUAGCCGGUGAGGUAUCCAUGGUUCCACCUGAGUUUCUAACGGAGACGGCGGACAGGAGUAUGCUGGCGAGUUGGUGUCCUCAGGAGGAAGUCCUAUCUCAUCCCGCGGUAGGAGGGUUCUUAACACACUGUGGAUGGAACUCGACGCUUGAAAGUAUUUGCGGUGGAGUUCCUAUGGUUUGUUGGCCAUUUUUCGCUGAGCAGCAAACAAAUUGUAAGUUUUGUUGUGACGAGUGGGAGAUUGGUGUUGAGAUCGGUGAUGUGAGGAGGGAGGAGGUUGAGGCGGUGGUUAGAGAGUUGAUGGAUGGAGAGAAGGGUAAGAAAAUGAGAGAGAAGGCGGAGGAGUGGCGGAGCUUGGCUGAGAAGGCGACGGAGUGUAAGCGUGGUUCGUCGGUUGUAAAUUUCGACAAGGUUGUUAAGGUUCUUUUAGGGGAGUAAAUACUCUGCUAUUGGACUAUAUUGUUUUUAGUUUUUUUUUCUUAAACUUUUCAUUCGUCUGUGAAUCAUGUCAUGUUAUCCUCCUCCUAAGUUAUCAAUUUGAGAUGACAAAUAAAUGGUACUUA